CCUUUUCCCAUCGAGCAGGGAGAAGUUGGCGGUCGGCUGACAGUCUGGUUUGUUGCUGCGAUGGAUGCCAUAACGAGGUUUUUCUUUCUGCUCUUGUUUGGGACAAGGAUACUGGCGAGUACCGCCCUUCAGUGUUACUGUGAACGCUGCAGUGCCAACUCCAGCUGCACAACAGAUGGUGUUUGUUUUGUUGCCAUUCGGAAGUCGGGCAGUCAGCUGACCACUGAGAGCAGCAUUUGUGUACAUGAACAUGAACUCAUCCCACGAGACCGUCCCUUCAUCUGUGCCCCGUCAGUUAAACAAGAGACAGGCAUUUAUCCAAUGUGCUGCAACACGGACUACUGCAAUAAAGACCCUGAGCCCCCUACCUUCAGUGAUCAUGUUGAAAAGACUCCAUCUUUGGGCCCGGUGGCUCUAGCAGCAGUAAUUGCUGCCCCGGUGUGUGUGUUCUGCCUCUUGCUGGUAUUGGCAUUCUACAUUUGUCACAGCCAUAGGGGUCUUGGAGCAGGUGGGGGUGGAGCCCACCACCAUCACCACCAUCGGGUGCCAAAUGAAGAGGACCCCUCAAUGGACCACCCUUUCAUUACUGUAGGGACAACACUGAAGGAUCUCAUCUAUGAUAUGACCACCUCAGGCUCUGGAUCAGGCUUGCCACUGUUGGUUCAGAGAACCAUUGCCAGAACUAUCAUCCUCCAGGAGAGUAUUGGAAAGGGUCGUUUUGGGGAGGUGUGGCGGGGGAAAUGGCGUGGUGAGGAGGUGGCAGUGAAAAUCUUUUCCUCUCGUGAAGAACGCUCCUGGUUUCGAGAAGCUGAAAUCUACCAAACAGUGAUGCUGAGGCACGAGAACAUUCUAGGCUUCAUCGCUGCUGACAACAAAGAUAAUGGUACCUGGACUCAACUGUGGCUAGUGUCGGACUACCAUGAGCAUGGAUCCCUGUUUGACUACCUGAACCGCUACACUGUCACAGUAGAAGGCAUGAUCAAACUAUCCCUGUCCACAGCCAGUGGUCUUGCCCACCUUCACAUGGAAAUAGUGGGCACACAAGGUAAGCCAGCCAUUGCCCACAGGGACUUGAAAUCUAAGAACAUUCUUGUAAAGAAGAAUGGAACCUGCUGCAUUGCUGACUUGGGCCUAGCUGUUCGGCAUGAUUCAGCCACUGACACAAUUGACAUUGCUCCAAACCACAGAGUGGGCACCAAGAGGUAUAUGGCUCCAGAGGUCCUGGAUGACUCUAUAAACAUGAAACACUUUGAGUCUUUCAAAAGAGCCGACAUCUAUGCCAUGGGCCUAGUCUUCUGGGAGAUUGCCAGUCGCUGCUCAAUGGGAGGCAUUCAUGAGGACUACCAGCUUCCCUACUAUGACCUGGUUCAGUCAGAUCCAUCAGUGGAAGAGAUGAGGAAGGUGGUUUGUGAGCAAAAACUUCGGCCAAACAUCCCCAACCGCUGGCAGAGCUGUGAGGCCUUACGAGUGAUGGCAAAGAUAAUGAGGGAGUGUUGGUAUGCCAAUGGUGCUGCCCGGCUCACUGCGCUUCGAAUCAAGAAAACCCUUUCUCAGCUCAGCCAACAAGAAGGAAUAAAGAUGUAGACAGCAAACAGACAUGCAUACACCCUCUGACUGGCAUCCUUAUCAAAGUCUUGGCCAUUCAUCAGAUUUUGCUCCCUCUUGUUUUGGAAGUGAAGACUUUCCCACCCUGAGUUUUCUUCUGUCCAUUUCAUCUUUGAACCCUGCAGCUAAAACUGAGGAUGUGUGUGUGUGAACAUACUUGUGCAUUCCACUGAACACACACACACACACACACACACACUCAUACAGAGACAGAGAGAGUUCAGCAGACAGCAGGAUGGAUGAAGAGGUGAAUAAAUGGAUGGGUGAUCUGAUGAGGGAUAGCUGUGCCUGAAGACAAUAGGAGACACUUCAUAGCAAGUGUGAUGAUGUGGUGCCUCCAUCACCUUCUUCCAUUUUCAUUUAACGUCAUUUGAUACAUUUGUCACAUUUUGCCUUGGAAACACACAUCAGGGGUGAUCGCUGUCCACGUCAAGGCCUGCCAACACUGCUCAUUGUACACCCAGCUAAAACAGCUCACAUCUCAUCAGGUAAACAAAAGGCAAAUGCAGCAGAGCAGGCGGGCAGCUGGAAAUCCCCCAAGAAGCUUUGCUGUCAUUUGAUGACAUCAUAAUUGUCUUCCUUUUAUUUCUGCAUUAGCUUUUCAUUCUUGCGGGGAUAAGCUACUCUUGAGCAGGGCUGCAACACUUAAACUGUUUACAAACCUAAACACAACUUUUAGUUUGACACGGAGUGUCCACCAUCUACCACAUUCAGCCAACAAAACUCAGACAAACCUGCACUCGUUAAUGAACGUACCAGAAGUGCUGCCAUGACAUUCUGUGGUGCUGUUUAUUAUUUAUUGCCAGUUUUUAUGUGGGCAUUACUGGCAUGAUUUUAUCUGAUUACAGUAGCACUCUUCAGACACACUUUGUCAAGUGUAAUGCAUCUAAAACGACACUUUGUGACUUUAGUCAUUUAACACACAUCGUGUCACAGCUUGUGGACCAGAGGUUCCACUUGUAGAUGCACUGCUGAGUGUGGGUUUAGGGCAGAAUGCUGCUAGUAAUUAUAAAUAUUAUUAUUUAGGGCAGUGAUUCCUCUAUUCAUGCUGGUAAUUUGAUAAAUAAAAAUUUUCCAGGCAGUGUUUUGCCAAAAGGAAUGAUUUUCUUUUAUCUGUGAGUAUGUAAGGUGAUGCAGUGAUGGCAUGGAUGAUGUUCACUGAAGGACCAACACGUGUGUGUCAGCUGCAUUUUGACCAUUCUGG